AAAAACGCCAGCUCUGUAAUGGCCAGCGAAGAGCGGAGAAUCUGUAUAAAUACCAAAAGGUUCUGCGUAUUCCUCAUUAGAGUUUCGGUUUUACUGCUGUGAACAAGCAACUCAUCGGACAAUAUGAAACUCUUCCUGGUCGCCUUUGCCGUGAUCGCAGCUGUGGCUGCCGAUGUCAGCCACCUGCCCUCCAACGAGUACCUGCCUCCCGUCCAGGAGCAGCAGAUCAUCGCCGCUCCCAGCAACGAGUAUCUGCCUCCCGCGGAGGCCGAGGCUGCCCCUGCCCACGAGCUGGCUGAUGAUGGCUACCGUUACAAGACCCACAAGCGUGUGGUGAUUCGUCGUCACCGUCGUGAUGUGAACGAGCUGUCCAACGAGUACUUGCCUCCCUUCCAGGCUGAAGCUCCCUCCAACGAGUACCUGGCUCCCGUUGCUCCUGAGACCGACUUGGCCGAUGAUGGCUACCGUUACAAGACCCACAAGCGUGUGGUGAUUCGUCGUCACCGUCGUGAUGUGAACGAGCUGUCCAACGAGUACUUGCCUCCCUUCCAGGCUGAAGCUCCCUCCAACGAGUACCUGGCUCCCGUUGCUCCUGAGACCGACUUGGCCGAUGAUGGCUACCGUUACAAGACCAACAAGCGCGUGGUGUUCCGCCGUCACCGUCGUGACGUGAACGAGCUGUCCAACGAGUACUUGCCCCCUGUCCAGGCUGUUGCUCCCACCAACGAGUACCUUGCUCCCGUUGCUCCUGAGACCGACUUGGCCGAUGAUGGCUACCGUUACAAGACCAACAAGCGCGUGGUGUUCCGCCGUCACCGUCGUGACGUGAACGAGCUGUCCAACGAGUACUUGCCCCCUGUCCAGGCUGUUGCUCCCACCAACGAGUACCUGCCCCCAGUGUCCGCCCCCGUCCAGGCUGAGCCCGCUCAUGAGCUGGCCGAUGACGGUUACCGUUACAAGACCCACCGUCGCGUUGUCUACCGCCGCCACCGCCGUGACGUCAACGAGCUGUCCAACGAGUACUUGCCUCCUUCCAACGAGUACCUGGCUCCCGCUGAGGCUGUUUCUGAGACCAUCCUGGGUGAUGAUGGAUACCGCUACAAGACCCACAAGCGUGUUGUGUUCCGCCGUCACUAA